UAUGGUGAAAAGUGAAAGUGAAGUACUGCUCCAAAGACAAACUUAAAAAUUUAAAAUUCUUGAUUUAAGUAUAUCGACAAAGUACAAACCCAUUAACACAUUAGAUGAUAAAUUCAACAGAAAAUCUUUACUUCAUGAUUUUAUAAGAUGAAUGCAGUUACUUCGAAAAUACUAAGGUUAUGCGAAACAAGUUGUUUCAAUAAAAAAAAAAUAUUUUCCCUCACAGAUAUCAGAAGUUAUGCAACUCUAAAAAGAUUUUACAGACAAACCAAUAUUUUGAAAAGUGAUGGGAAAUAUGAAAUUAUUUUGGAUCAAAGAAAACUGAAGACUCCUAAGGGAAAUCUAUUCUCAGUUGAAUCUGAAACUCUUGCAUUGGCAGUAGCUGCAGAAUGGGAUGCCCAAAAAGAAAACAUCUCAAGAAGUCAAAUGCACAUUACAACGCUAUGUAAUACAGUGAUCGAUAAUCCAAAUAAUUACACGAAAUAUGAUUUAGCCAAUUAUGUAUCGAAUUAUCUGGAUACUGAUACAAUACUUUUUCAAACAGAGGACGACGAAGAAUUAUAUAAAUUUCAAAAGAGUGAAUGGGAUCCAGUAAUUGAAUGGUUCAAUGGAAGAUAUGGAACCAAUAUUCAAAAAUCUGUAAUUAUGGAUGGGCCUAAAGUUUCUCAAGUAGACAAGGAAAAGAUUAAUAGGCAUAUUCUAUCUCAUAAAUUUGAAUCUGUUUAUGGUUUUGUGUAUGCAGUCGAUACUCUCAAGUCUGUUAUGUUGUCAUUAGCAUGUAUUGAUCGUUUUGUGAAUGUAGAAAAAGCCGUCCUAUUAUCAAGGUUAGAAGAAGAAUACCAAUUAGGACAUUGGGGUAGAGUUGAAUGGGCACAUGAUUUGAGUCAGCAAGACUUACAAUCCAGACUGGCGGCGGUUGUUCUUUUCAUUCAUUGCAAUAACCAAAUGUCCAAGAUUCAAUCAAAACAAUGAAAUAAAAAAAAAUAGCAAAGUU